AUAUAAAGGUCUGGCUGUAUUCACAGUUCAUUCCUGCUGCCGACCGUUCAGUUCACACCUUGCUGUUCCCUCAACAGUCUGCGCCAUGAAGUCCUUUGUCUUUGGUCUGCUGGUCCUCUGCUUUACAGAUAGCCUGGCUCGGUUUGCCUUGUCUCCGGAAAAAAAGCGACAAAAUGCCUGCGAUGAAAUGCAGUUUGUGCAGUGUAUCUUACCGAUUGUUGAAUUCUCAAACACAUUCAGCGGCAACAAACUGGAAGCACUGAGUGAUGCCGCGAAUAUUGAACAGACUUGUUCACUGCUGGCUGGCUCUAAGGGCUGUAUCAACAACUACAUUAGUGGCUGCUACCCAUCAGAAACUGCAGGCAUGACCAUUCAGACUCUGGAAAAUGUCUUGAGCUACAUCUGCAGUCCAGAGGGCAAGGAUGCUCUGCUGACCGAGUCCAAAUGUAUUGCAAACGUAGACUUCGAGAGGCCCAUGCAUCCCUGCCCAUCUUUCAUGGAGGUUGACCUAGCAAUCAUGCAGCCUCAGAACAAUCCACAAGCCGUUUGUACGACAAUCGAGAAUUUCUCGGUUUGUGUGAGAGAGAGAGUGAGGGUGGAAUGCAGCGACAAGGCUGUCAACUUCGUGCGAAACCUCGUCUCUCGCCUGACUAUUCCAAUUAAAAACAUGAUGGGAUGCAGCAGCCAGGCCAGACUCGUCCGUGACCUCGUCACACUCAUCGCUCGACGAAAGUGAAGACAACGGUGACAACAGGCAGGCGGGGAAUCACAACAGUUUUCUAUGUAUAGUGUAUGGCAAUUUUACUUUAGAUAUUUGUAGAUUGAAAUAAACUCAAUAUUGCAAAGGAAA